ACGUCCAAGAAGGCGUCAUCGUUGCUUUCCGCAUGCGCGAUGACGUACACCGACGUCACGGUCUCGCCCCAACCCUAGUGGCGGCGGGAUUCCUUCGCAGGUUAUCGUAGCAGAUCGGAGUUCGGGGGCCUAAGAUCUUGUUGAAGAGAAUGCAACCUAUGGCAUCAUGGCUGUCACGUUACCCGCGGUCGUAGAGGAGCUCUUGAGCGAGAUGGCCGCGGCAGUGAGGGAAACCGCACGAAUUCCUGAUGAGCAUCUGUCAUCGCUGAAGUUUAUCUUUGGCUCAUCAGCCAUUCAAGCCUUGGACCUAGUUGAUCGACAGUCCAUCACUUUAAUCUCAUCGCCCAGUGGAAGGCACAUUUACCAGGUACUAGGAAGUUCUGGCAAAACAUACACAUGUAUGGCUUCUUGUCAUUACUGUUCGUGUCCUGCAUUUGCCUUCUCAGUGCUGCGAAAGAGUGAAAGCCUACUGUACUGGAGAUUGAACCCAGAGGUGCUUACCACUGAACUCCACUCCCAGCCCUUUUUGAGAUAGGAUCUUGCAAAGUUGCUCAGAAUGACCAUGGAUUUGCAAUCAUACUACCUUAGUCUCACAAGUAGCUGGGAUUACCAGUAUGUGCCAACAUGCCAAGCCACAAAGUGACAGUUUUACUGUAUUAAAAUAAAUAAUUUAUUUCCUUGACUUCAGUGAUUUUUAUUUAUUUAUUUAUUUAUAGAUUUUUUUAGGCUUAGCCUACCAAAAUGUCCUUUAUAGAACUACAUUGGUUUCUUGCUUUUUUAUUUGAAAGGUCACAGCUUUGGGGAGGAUAGAAAGGCAGUCCUGGAAGUUGGCACUGGGAACAUAGAUGGUCCAAUAAAAUUUGAAGCUAAUUGUAUGUUGGCAACUUGUAUAACCCCAACUCCAGCCAUGAGGUGUGGCUUCCUCCUACCUGUAAGACAGCUUGGUGCUACACUCAACCUUCACAAGGGGCAGGAAUGCCUUUUGUCUGUCCCUCUCAAUCUGAUUCCCUCGGAGUCCAGAGCAUUAAGCAAGAGCAGGACAUAUUCACACACUCCUUAUCGCCUCUUGGGAGAAGGUCACUAUUUCUCAGUCUUGGCAAAGAAGAUAAUGGAGUCUGGCAUAUCCGCAUUCUUCCCUUCAUUUUACUCUGUUAACUUCUUAAACAUCUUGGGAACUGGAUGCCAAGUUGGGUGUCCCAUUGUUCAAGAGGCCACAUUCAUAGCUCAUGUACCAUAAGUAUAUAUCACCUAUAAAAUAACAGGAUUAAAUGAGGACCUCUUCAAGAUCUGAAGCUGUGUUCUGUGACAUAGGUCCAACUGCAUCAUCUCCCCAGAGUAGCAGACAGGCUGGGAUAUGCCAGAGUUCUACCACAACUCCUCCCUGACCCUCAGCACUGCCCCUGAAGUAUAUAACAGUGGUUAAGUGAAUAGACUAUAGGUUCUGAGCAUAUGGUUAAAAUGGAGUUAAUACCUGUCCUCAUGGGUAGCUGUCAGAUAAGUGAGAUAAUCCGAGAAACACUGAACAACAUAGUACCUCGAGGAAUGUUAGCCAUUGCCUUCCUUUCUAAAAGGAAGGAAGAACCUAACUGAAAGCACAGCAAACUUCCUUUUCCUUUCAUAUGAUGGUAGGAGAAGUAGACUAGCCAGUCACAGCCCUGCUUGUUCCUAAUAUGUCUUUAUGUUUUGUGUUCCAGUGUAAGCAUCUCUUGGCAGUUUAUCUUAGUCAGGUUAUGAGGACCUGUCAGCAGUUAAGUGUCUCUGACAAACAACUGACAGACAUGUUAUUGAUAGAGAAGAAACAAGAAGCUUAAAAAGUACAGAUGGAAUAUCAUUGUCUUUCAAAAUAGAAAUCCUAUGGAGAAAUGCAUUCAACCUGUCAUGGUUCUCAAGGAAAAGAAUUGAAAUGGAUCUUCCAGAGACUUGUGUUACUCUCCCUUUUCAUCCUGGAUUGCAGGACGAACUCUGGGAGCUGUGGGCUAGGGAGAGUGUGAAUAUGGUUUGGAGCCUGUGACAUCUUCCCAUGAAAAACCUGAAUCAGCCUCUGAGCCACUUGGGCAAAAAAAUGUCCCUGGAUGGAAUUAAGCAUUGUAACCUGAAAUAAAGUCCAGUAACAUGCUGUGUCCACAAUUAGUUAGCUUCUUAAGUGACUGAAUUAGUAGUAAUUCUUUAAAGGCAAGGGUGGCUGGUCAAACUGAGUUGGAGCAAGUUUAGAUGAACAGGUAUUGGUUCUUUUCCUGGGGUCCAGAAAAUUACUCAGCAAUAAUAAAAGAUCAGAGCAGAGAGAUGGCCAAACAACAGUAAAUAUGAAAGGAUUCUCACCUUCUGAUAUAUGUGGCUCUGAUGCCAGAGCAGCUUAAGUGGACUGUAUUGCUAGUGAUGCAGCCUCUAUAACAAGGCCAGAGCUGGGUUUAUUCUGCUUGUAUAGCAGGGCCUUAUAACUGGACAGACAAAAGGACAAACUUCAAAUCAUGUCCUGGAAAGAAGCUGUAGAUACCAGUAGGGAUUUUGAGUCUGAAGAAUAAAUUUUAAAAGGGUGAGGGUGGAUAGGAGACCCAGAUGGACCCCAAGAGAGAACAAGGAGCAACAGUAGGAUAAGGAUGAAAACGAGACAGGCUUCAGCCCAGCACAAGAACUUCUUAAUAAGUAAAGCAAAUAAAUAAAUAAUAAAGUAACAGCUAGAAGAGGUUCGGAGAGGGACAAGGAUGGCUGGUCUCUGCAGGGGUUCAUAAACCUGCACUUUACUGGAAAGGCAAGCAAUGGAUAAGCAGAUAAAAUAGAUGAUUUUCUAGCCUAGGACACCCCCUUAUCCCUGGGCCCCCUAAACACAAGGUAUUAGUGAAUGAAUGCUGCAGAAAGCCCAGGGCCAUUCUAGUUGCAGUGCUGUUGUGGUUGACAGAGUCUCAUUAUGUUGCAGUGUAGAAAAAUAAAAAAAUCUACCAAGACUUGCUACUUCAGAAACAUACAAAGAGUAUUAGCCUGUCCUUACAAAGCACCCUUCAGAUCAUAGACAAUGGCUAUACCUGUGAGCAAGGUAAUACAGCAUUCUAAGCUAAUUUUUAAAAUAAAAGUUUUAUUUCACUGAAUAUACAUACACAAUUACAUGAUUUUGCUUAGGAAAAUUCUCACACUCUUGAGUUCCAACAGUUUUGCCAAACUUGAACUUAGGAGAGAAAUAAAAUUCAGUACCUAGCUCUAAAAGGGGGAAUCCAGUAGAGGAGGGAACCCUGUUUGUCCAGGUUCUUCCUCUAGAGUACAGUUGUAUAUAGAAUAGAAUGGAGCCUAAAAUUGUUACUUGAUGAUAAUUCUGCUUAAGAAUUUAGGAGACUAUCAUCCCCAGAUUAAUACAGCAGUUUCUUGAUUAAAGAAUUACAUUUUUAGUAUUCUUGGUAGCCUUUCUGGGAACAAGUUUACAUUAGAACAACCAACUUUUUAUUCUUCCAUUGCCUUUAAGUUAAAAAAUAUUUGCAUUAAAAUAGUUCACAGUAUUCACAGUAAAAGAGUUUCAGUCAUUUUCUUCCAUGAAUCAGGCAGACUCAAAAAUAAAAGUCUUUUAGAAUCCAUUCAAGCCAUCGGCAUCAUCCACACAAUAAGAGCAGCUGAACAAUCAUAAAUACAUUUGUUGACACUUAGAGUCUACUAACAGCAUGUACAUAUUAGCUAGAUAUGUGGUAACUCCAGACAAGUGCUCAGAAGAGAGCCCAGAUGCUUGGGAGGUGUAGCUGUCUUUCACAGGAUCAGUCAAUCGUAUCCUAUCCUUUGGAGGCUUUGGCCUCCAAGAGGCCAGAGCCUGGGUCAUAGGCCCACACUGAGUGCAGGUUGUGGCCCAGCCUGCCCAUUCCCGCUCUUGCCAUCCGCCUGGCAGAGAACAUACCUGGAGAUGAUUUUGUGAAAAGUAUAGCGGAAGUCUCGGUUCCGAUAGGCAUAGACCAUGGGAUUGACCACUGAAUUGGCAUGUGACAGGAGAAUGGCCAUGUUCAUGGCCCACUUGGGCUUGUCCUUAGCCUGAGCUGGCUGAAAAAGAGUGAAACAGUUGAUGACAUGUACUGGUAGCCAACACAGAGCAAAGAUCCCCACAAUCAUAGCCAGGGACUUGGCGGCAUGGAUCUCCCGCUGGAGGGUAGUCCUGGAGUGGUCCAUCAGCUCCAUGCGCUGCAGCUGCCUGCAGGCCACCAUGAAGAUCUUGAUGUAGAUCACCAGCAUGAUGAGCAGUGGGGGCAGGACACAUCCAAAGAAGUUGAAGUACACCAUGUAGCUCAUGGGGACCACAUUUUCAAAGAGACACUUCACAAGGCAGCAGCUCUCAUUCAUGGUUCCAUCCCAGGACUCCGUGCAGUUGUUGGUGGCACUGUCUUUACUGUUCCACCCCAGGAAUGGAGUCAAUCCAAUGCCAAAGGCAAGGACCCAGAGCACUGCGAUGACUCCUCUUGCUCGGGUCCCGGUGACCAAACUCUUAUACCUAUUCAAAAAACAUCAUCUGAUAUGGUCAAUUUACAGUACUCUGCAACCAAAGCCCGAGAGCUCACCUCUGCUUUUAUUCCAUGGCCCUUCCGCCCUAAAAGCCUGUCAGGUUCACCCACCAGAGCACCAUGGCCAGUACUCACAAUGAGAGAGACAAGCAAGUAUAAGCAGAGCUUGUUAGUAAGAUUUUCAUUCAUUUCUAUUAAGUGACAAAGGACCAUGACGAGGUAUAGAUACCUUUAAGGGGUAACUGUCAUGACUUAAGUACCAAUCUUUAAUCUAAGUCUUCUGUAAGAUGCUGCUCUAGGUAGUUGAGAUAACACCAGUGAAAAGAACACACAAAUCCCAACUCUGCUAAAGGUGAAGGGACCUACAUCCUAGCAGGGGAAAUAAUGAAUAAAUAGUAUGGAGAUGCAUGUGGUAUAAAAAAAUGAAGAAGCACAAUGAGGAAGGUUAGGACUGGCAGGGACAGAAGUUUUCAAGGGAUUGGUCAAAGGAGGCUUCAUUGAUGAGGUGACACUUAAACACAGGCAUAAGGAAAUGAACACUGGAGUCCCUGGUACGAGGUGGCACUGCUUGUGGCUCUAAGCAAUAAUCUUUCUCCCACAAAUAAUACAGGUAGUUUGCUUCAGACAAUGUGCAGGAUCAUUUCCGAGUAUCUCUACAAAUUGCUGGCAAAGAAAAGUUCCAGCAAUAUCCUCUCUGUAGAGCACUGCUAGCAGUGGAUUUGAUAAAAAUUUGGAAAUACUAGUAACUGGCCCAUAAUACCUAUGUAAUGUAUAAAUUGUACUCAAUGUAAUGCAUUAACUAAAUGAAAUAAAAUUUUUCUGUAACCUCUUGGGAGGGAGGAAACUAGAAACUAACUUGAUUCACGGUAUCUUAAGACUUGUCUAUGAGAAAUAUCCAACUUACUUUGCCUGCAGGGCAAAGCUCUCUCAGCGGGGCCUGCAGAGCCCUCUAGGCCUUCGGACCGCCUCUACGGUGCCUGCCUUUCCUAACUGAUGGUUCCUUUCUGAAUCAUGCUGUCCUCAACAACAGCCAAAAGACCUAUUCGUCUUUCAGUGAUCACUUCUUUUCCUAAUCACUUCUUUGGUAAAAGGUGGAUACUUCACUCUGGUCCCAGACACACACUUAUAAUAGAGCCUGCUUAUCUAUUACAUAUGUUUUGCCUCAAUCAGAAUGUCAGUCUCCUAAGGACCGGGACCAUGUCCCUUUGUACUGGGAUUCCCAGACCUAACACAGUGCCUCCUUAAUAAAAUGGUCAUUUUAUAUUCA